UUAGAACAACUAUCUAAGUCGAACAGGAUAUCCGGUUUUACCGGAUAACCAAACAGAUAUGGCCUCCCAGCUCCAACACAUUAGCAGCUAGAUUUAUCACUCAUAAACAUUGUGUUGUAAUGGUGGAACCGUCCAGCCUACGAUGCACAAUUCUGUGCUGUAAGUGGGAACUCUUGUAAUCUCCAUGAGGACCGAGCCGUCCCAUUAGCUUCUCGCGUACCACCUUUGCAGGACAGCAGUGUACCAUCCAGCCCAGCUUCCGACUGGCUCGCGGUGUGGACAUUCGCCGGAAACCAGGCCGGGGGCGAGUAGGCUACAUCUUUUACUUUUAUGAAAGCUCUGAACCUGGGUAUCCAAUUGUUUUAAAUGCCAGAAGAAGGCCCCAGGAUGAACGGCUUCUCUUUCAGUGAGCUCUGCUGGUUGUUCUGUUGUCCGCCCUGUCCGAGUCGCAUCGCGGCUAAACUAGCCUUCCUCCCCCCGGAGCCUACGUACUCUGUGCACACCGAUGCCAACGGGAUAAGCAACCUGCAUUUAACGGAGCGGGCGGAUUGGCAGUACACCCAGCGUGAGCUCGAUGCAGUGGAGGUGCUGAGCACCAGGAGCAGCCGGGGGAACCGGAUCGGAUGCAUGUUUGUGCGCUGUGCUCCCAGCAGCCGCUACACGCUGCUGUUCUCUCACGGAAACGCAGUGGACCUGGGUCAGAUGUGCAGCUUCUACAUCGGCCUUGGUUCCAGGAUAAACUGCAACGUGUUUUCCUACGAUUACUCAGGCUACGGAGUCAGCAGCGGGAAGCCGUCAGAAAAGAACUUGUAUGCGGAUAUCGAGGCGGCCUGGCAGGUCCUGAAGAAUAAGUAUGGUGUAACCCCAGAUAACAUCAUCCUGUAUGGUCAGAGCAUUGGCACUGUGCCCACCAUCGACCUGGCUGCUCGCUAUGAAUGUGCUGCUGUCAUCCUGCACUCUCCUCUGAUGUCGGGACUGCGGGUGGCCUUCCCUGACACCCGUAAAACCUACUGCUUUGACGCCUUCCCCAGUAUUGACAAGGUCUCCAAGGUGUCGUCCCCUGUGCUGGUCAUCCAUGGAACAGAAGACGAGGUGAUAGACUUCUCCCAUGGCCUGGCCAUGUAUGAGCGCUGCCCACGUGCUGUGGAGCCUCUGUGGGUUGAAGGAGCUGGUCACAAUGACAUCGAACUAUAUACCCAGUACUUGGAGAGACUCAAGCAGUUUAUCACGUUUGAGCUGCCGGCCUCCUGAGCGGGGCUCAGCACUCAGUUCAUCUCAACACUCUGAAGAAGCCUCUUCCUCAUGGCCUGUCUGCGUUUAGAGUCGGGGCACAGCAAGCCAGGUUCGGGGAGGGGGCGGAGCAUGUGGCUCCUUAAAGAGGAGAAGCUUUGACAUUGUUGAGGUGCAUCUGAAGGUUGGGCAAGUCCCAGCCCAAGCGUUCAGUACAGGUCGAACAUAUUGAAACCUGGCUGGUGCUGCUCCAUGUGACCCUGGUUUUGCCAACGUUUUUUCUGCUGCUCCAUGUGAGCAUUACUCCAUCACUUCAGUCGGAUAUAGGGAAUGAUGACUCGUGGAUCAUUUUUUUACGCUUUUAACAAGUAUUUGAUUGCUCCCAUUUUUAGUAACUGUAAGGAUCGAUGGGGCCUCUGCACACAUAACGUGCAGCUAUUUCAGACAUUCCACUUUUUAUUGAGGGUCAUGGUUUGUUUGUGUGUAUGUGUGAGUGCGCGCGCGCACGUCUGUGAGAGAGGCGCUGGACCUGUCUCUCUGUGACACUCAUUCACCUGUGGUGAGACACUAGCUGCUCAUGAAUAGGAGGGCUGCAUGCUUGGCUCUCUCUGUGCUUAUUGAAAUCAAAGUUCAGCCCUUGUCACAGGCUGAGGUACCUCACUGAGGAGUUUAAGGCCACACAUCCAACACAUCAGUGCUGAAGAAGAGACUGCCCCCUCCCCCACAACAGAGGGGUUAGUGCUGUCCCUCUUUAAAGCUGAUCUGAUCAAAUGUUGCACGUAAAGCACCUCCUUUGUCUCUAAAAGCAGAUUUAUAACAGUGAAGGACAAAGCUGCUGAGCUUUGCUUUAUAAUAAGAACAGGAAAACGUGUGACGGAGGAGAUGCUGCUGUACUUUGACACUAAAAUGAAGCCUUAUUUUGUUCAUGUUUGAGCUAAACUUCCUGGUACACUACAGAGUGUUUCAUCACUGCUGCUAUCUUCCCGAAGUAGAAGUCUGUCUCUGUGGAAUCAUGAGGGCAGUGUCCAGAGUCCUCCCUCUCAAUGUCUUACUGCUGCUUCAGGCUCCAAACACAUCACACAGCCUCACGUGGGAUGUUGUGCAAAGGAGCAACACAAUGCAGCUCACCUCAUAAUUGUAGACAUUUCAGCUUGCAUAAUUUCAUUUCAAUGUCAUUCUUUGCUUGUUAUGCAAAGAAAGUUGAGGUAAAAAAGAUAUUGAGGAGAACUUUAAGGAUAACCUGGUCCAAGUGCUGCUGCAAUUUUUGGGUCAGUGUUUUAUCAUUGCUAAUAUUGGCCAUAUGCUUUUAGAUUAAAUACAUUCUUGUCCAUUGUGGUUAUAAAUUCUGAAGGUUAUGAAGAUUGUGCUGUGAUUGUUGUUUUUCCACUGACAUUUUUACAUGUUGGCAGAAAGUACUUGCUCUAUAUCUGUAAGGCCAUACGUCAGUGUCUAUGCAUAUGUUAGCCCCCACACAGGGGAAUCCCAUUUCAUUGACUUUACACUGGAUUUCCAAUAUGCAAAUAAAGCUAGUAGAAGCAUAUAGCAAUGAGAAAUGCCUUAAAAGCUGUGAAACUGAUUUCUCAGACAUUAAUCUGUUGCUACAAGAUACAAAUGGAAGUUUUAAUGUUUUUAUUUGAAUAAAGGAUGCAUGGACAUGU